AUGAAGAUGAAGAGGAUAACGAGGAUAACCACAAGACCUCCAUCUCCAAGUGAUCUUCCUUCUUUCAUGUUUACUUUUCUGCAGAAUACAAGCAGUGGAUUUCAUUCCGACGCUGUUAAUGCUAAUCCUUCAUGUAUGCAUAGAAUUAAACAAACCCAUUUGGUGUCGGAGAGUAUGAUUCAGACUCGAUGCAAAUCUGGAAAAAUUAGGAAAGAUGAAGCAUUGGGUUACUUCGAUUCCAUGAUUCAAACCAAACCCUUGCCCUCUAUUUGGACUUUCAAUUGUUUGUUUGGGGCACUCUCCAAGAUGAAGGAAUAUUCUGCUGUGGUUUCUAUGUGUAAACAGUUGAUGGGUUGCGCUCAAUUCCGACCUGAUGUCUGUACAAUCAAUAUUUUUCUGAAUUGCUUGUGCCGUCUAAACCAGGUGGAUUUGGGUUUCUCUGUUUUAGCAAUUACCCUUAAAUAUGGUCUUAAACCCGAUGCUCGUUCUUUAACUAUUUUGCUUCACGGGCUUUGCAUGUACAAUUCCCUGGCUGAGGCAAUGGAGCUGUUCAAGUUAAUAGAAGAGAAAGGAUACGAAUGCAAUGAAAUAACUUAUGCUACCAUGAUCAAUGGACUAUGCAAAGCUGGGAUAACUUCUAAGGCACUCGAGAUACUAAUGAAGAUGUGGGAAGAUGGAAGGUUGAAGCCCAACCAAGAUUGCUACAAUCCCAUCAUCGAUAGCCUCUGUAAAGAAAGACGAAUAGAAGAGGCCUUGACCCUAUUUCGAGAUAUGAUCAGCAAAAAUGUUGUACCGAAUGUUUUCAGUUAUACCACAUUGAUUCAUGGGUUAUGCAACACGAGCCGCUGGGAAGAAGUGCUCUCUCUUUUUGGAGGAAUGGUAGAUCAAGGAGUCAAGCCUAAUGUUGUCACCUACAACACUCUAAUUUAUGCGUUGUGCCAAUCGGGGAGGUUUGAAAAAGCCAAGAGCUUCUUGAUUUGCAUGCUUAACAGUGGAAUUUCACCCGAUGUAUACACAUAUAAUGUUCUUAUCGGCCAUCUUUGCAAGGAAAAAAGAAUUCAUGAAGCGCUUACUCUGUUUGAAAAGAUGACAACGAAUGACCUAAAGCCUGAUGUUGUCACUUUUAAUUCCUUGAUUUCUGCUUCAUGCAAGUCUGGUAACUGGGAGGAAGGUGUGAGGUUAUUUAAAACCAUGACUGGUUAUGGAGUCCUGCCUAAUAUUGUUACAUACAAUUCUGUACUGGAUGCUUUAUGCAAGGAAGGGAAGACAGCAGAGGCGCUGAAUCUUGUGGAAGAAAUGAUUUUUAGGGAGGAAAAGCCUAAUGUUGUGACUUACAACUCCUUAAUUAAUGGAUUGUGCCGUACCAACCAAUGGAGAGAAGCCACAAGGUUGUUUGACAAAAUGUUAUGCCAUGGAAUCUUACCUAAUUGCAUAACUUUGAAGAUACUUUCUGGUGCUCUCUGCAAUGGAGGGAUGACCGAUGAGGUUCGCAAAGAAUUUAAGUCGAGAAUGGAUGGAGCUUUGAAGAUUUUUCCUAAUGCUUCAUGUGCAGAAUAA